AUUCUCUUCUCCACCUAAGAUGCCGGCUUCGACGCCUCCACUAACGCUGUCCACUUCUCCACCUCCAGUUAGGCUGCCGGCGCCUCUACCCUAUGUCGCUGCCGACACGUCAGCCGCUCAAGCUGGUAAAGGAAUAAAAAGCAUGGGAGAGGCAAAAAUGAGGAAGACAAAAGCGUAAUCUUACCUGUACCUCUUUACCUCCUAAAGUCGCGCUUUACAUGAUGCCUGGGCACCUAAAACCGGACAAAACUGGAGAAAAGGAACUAGAGAAAGGACCCCCUUUCCCGCCCAAUAUCAGUCUUCAUAUUUCCAAGUCCCACUGAAGAAAAUACAGAAGAGUGCUAGGCCUCAGGUUUCAUCCAUGGCUUCUCGAACAGUUGAUCUCUGGGCAGAAAUUGUGGGAGAAAAGGAUAAUCAGCGAUCAGUUGGAGUUGCAGAGCCGGAAAUGGCCGUCAUUUACCAGAGGAAAAAGGCAGAGGUUAUGCCUCAGAAAGAUGUGCCGAGGAGGCAAUCGAAUUCAAGUACUGGAAACCGGAAAAGUAUAGCGCCGGUUACGCGAGUCAGUUGGAAUCGGUCCCUUUCCACCAGAGGGAGAACAAGCAUUGCUGCAACAGCAUGCGUGGAUCAUCAACCACAACAAAGGAAACCUGGAAGAAAAGUUAAACCCCCUCUUCCUAGAGGAAAAAAUGCACAACCUCCCAAUUAUGAUAAAGAACGGGCAUAUUUUCAAGAGGUUGAUGCCUUUGAAUUGCUAGAAGAAAGCCCCUCACCCAAGAAACCUGGUACUUGGGCCAGGGGCGCCCAGGUUGAUAAUGCUGUCAUACCACAUUUGUCCUCAGUAUUGCAGAAAUGGCUAAUCUCCAAGAAACUAAACCGAAAAUAUGCAUUUCCUGGUUCGCUUUCUAGAAUACUGGAAACUCCUGUAUUAUCCAAGGAUCCUAUUUGUCACGAUAGUUUUUCAUCUUCGACUAUGAAGAAACCAGGAAAAGACUAUCCCAAAGUUUAUUUGAGCUUAAGUUCCAUCCAGCAAACGUCUAACUCAAGCUUGAAUGAUAAACAAUUCACUGGAAUACCCAUCCAGGAGACAUGUGAAGAUAUUGAAGGUGAAGUUAGAAAGCUCUCAUUGACUUCAAGGCCUUCAUCCUUGGAUGGCCAGGGUUGGAAUUCGUUUACAGCCCUUUUGACUGCUUGCGGGCAAUCAAUGCCUUCCACACUGACAGAAAUGUUAUUGAGUUACUGUGAUCAAGGGAAUAUCACUAAGAUUGGGGAAGGAACAUAUGGAGAAGCUUUCAAGGUUAAGAAUAAUGUCUGCAAGAUUGUCCCAUUUGGUGGAGAUUUGCUAGUCAAUGGAGAAGUGCAGAAGAAAUCAGAAGAAUUAUUGGAAGAGGUUGUACUUUCCUGCACUCUCAAUCAUCUAAGAGGACAUGAGGGUGAAGUAUCUAAUGCCUGCACCACAUUUAUAGAAACAGUCAAUUUGUGGGUGUGCCAAGGAUAUUAUGAUUCUGCUCUGAUAAGUGCAUGGGAGGACUGGGACGGAAAGCAUGGUUCAGAAAAUGACCAUCCUAAAGACUUUCCUGCAGAUCAGUGCUAUGUUGUUUUUGUUCAAGAACAUGGUGGUCAGGAUCUUGAGAGCUUUGUUCUUUUGAAUUUUGAUGAAGCACGGAGUUUAUUAGUUCAGGUCACCUUGGCGUUAGCUGUAGCAGAAGCUGCUUAUGAAUUUGAACACCGAGAUUUGCACUGGGGGAACAUUCUCUUAAGUAGGAAAGGUUCUGUUACUCUGCAAUUCAUUCUUGAAGGAAAGAAGUUACAAGUCACAACUUUUGGAUUGAUCAUCUCAAUAAUUGAUUUUACCCUAUCAAGGAUUAAUACAGGUGAAGAUAUACUCUUUCUUGACCUCUCAUCAGAUCCAGCACUUUUUGAGGGUCCAAAAGGGGAUAAACAAGCAGAUAUAUAUAGGAAGAUGAGGGAUGUCACUGAUGAAUGCUGGGAAGGAAGUUUCCCAAAGACGAACGUGCUGUGGCUGCAAUACUUGGUGGACAUUUUGCUGUUAAAGAAAUCCUACGAAAGAACCCCUAAAGAUGAGAGAGAAUUGCGUUCUCUGAAGAAGCGCUUGAAUAGCUAUGGUUCUGCUAAAGAGGCAGCAUUGGAUCCUUUCUUCAGCGACUUAAUGAUCUCUGAAUAAACAAGCAGCAGCACUUGAAACGUGCCAGUGUGUAAGCAGUUCUAGCAAUUUUGCUUGGAUAUCUGUUGCAGGUUUUCCCUGCUUUUAGACCUUUUUUAUCUAUUAGAAACCAACCUGGUUUCUCAAAUUGAAAUUGGCAUGAAAUUAUUGUUAUUCUUUUUGGGUACGUUCAGCACAAGUAUAUAACAUGCUAAGAGCAAAACCGCCUUAAUUUAUGGGGAGAAUUGACC